AUGGAAAAAUGUUAUUGCACUAAAAGUGAAUUAGAUUUGUUCACAUCUACACCCAUACAAUUAGCAAUAGAUCGAUCAUCAUUUGUGGAAAUUCAUCCUGUUGCAUCGAUUUCAGAUCAUAAUAAUAAUAUAGAAUUCCUUUUAUGCGGAUUAGGUGAAAGCUACUAUGAUCCCUCUCAUAUUUUUCUUUACGUUCAAGCAAAAAUUUUAAAAGCAGAUGGUACAGCUUUUCAAGAUACAGAUAGGUGCGGUCCAAUUAAUUACCUCCUAAAUACAAUGUUUUCAGAAUGUCAUGUGUCACUUAACGAUCGUCAGAUUUCUUCAGAAACCAAUUAUGCUUACAAAGCUUACAUCCAAAGCAUGUUAUUUCAUCCAGAAUCUUCUCAGAAGAAUUUAUUAAGUGCAGGAUUAUUUGAAAAAGACACAGCUCGCGAAUUUGAUGAUGUAAGUUUGGUAGCAGCUGGAAAAAAUGAAGGAUUAAAAAAAAGAUGGGAGCGUGUCAAAAAUGGAAAAGUGUUUGACAUGUGUGGGAUUCUUCAUACCGAUUUAGGAACUCAGUCUAAAUUAUUAAUAAACGGAACCUCAAUCCGCAUUCGGUUGUUAAAAGCUAAAAAUGAAUUUGGGUUAUUAGCGGCUGCAGGCGAUUAUCAUAUUCAAAUUGAAUAUAUAAGUUUGUUUGUUAGAAAAUGUGAAAUAUCAAGUUCCAUUCUCGUAGCUCACGAAAAGGCACUAGAACAAUCACUUGUCCAAAUGCCGUUUACUCGAAUCGAAAUAAAAACGUUUACAUUAAGUUCUGGGAUAAAAAGUAUCACUAUACCAAAUGCAGUCAAUGGUGCUCUUCCUUCACGCAUAAUCUUAGGGUUAGUAUCAAAUUCUGCUUAUACCGGAGAUUUAAAAAAAAAUCCUUUUAAUUUUAAAAAUUACAAGUUGAAUCAUAUAUUUCUUACUGAAAAUGGUAUUCAAGUUCCAAGCUCACCAUAUACUCCUAGUUAUGGGAAAAAUUUAUUCGCCAGAAACUAUUUAAGCUUAUUCACUGAUAUGACACAGCAUAAAACAAAUAUUUCUUGUAAUUCAUACAUGGAAAACUCGUGUUUUUACUGUUUUAACCUCACACAAGAUUACUCAGCUAGUUCCCCUUUUGCGAAUAUAACUCGAAGCGGUGAUAUAUCAAUUCACCUUAAAUUUGAUGACGAUCUUCCGGAAACAGUUACUUUAAUUGCAUAUAUGGAAAUGCAAGCACUCAUUGAAAUAGAUAAAAGCCGAAACGUCUUUACAGAUUUUUAA